GCCAACAUCAAUGACCGAAGCAUGCUGGGAAAGCGAGACAGUGAAGUGGCAGUCAUUGUGCAGGACACCGAGACGGUCCCUUCGGUGAUGGAUGGAGAAGAGUACCAGGCAGGCCGGUUUGCCCGCGGACUUCGGCUACAGUGCUUUAGGGUUGUCCUUGGAUAUCUUUCUGACUCAAUUGAGGACAUUCAGGAUCCAGUGAGUGACAAAUUCUUCAAGGAGGUAUGGGUUUCAACGGCAGCUCGAAAUGCUACAAUUUAUGACAAGGUGUUCCGGUGCCUUCCCAAUGAUGAAGUGCACACUUUAAUUCAGCUGAGAGACUUUAUAACCAAGCCCAUAUUGGCAAAGGAAGAUCCCAUUAGAGCUGAGGAGGAACUGAAAAAGAUCCGUGGGUUCUUGGUGCAAUUCCCCUUUAAUUUCUUGUCUGGAGAAUACCUACUGCCUUCUGUUGGAACCAAAGAAGCCAUGGUGCCCAUGGAGGUUUGGACUUAAGAGUUAUCAGCUCAGAGACUUCCACCCCAAAGAGCGCACUGCGCACAGUGGCUUUCUGAAGCCUAACAGCCAAGAACAGCCUGAUGCACUCUUGUGUCCAACCCAUGGAUGCUUUGGGUUGGUUGGGAAGGGCUGAUGUAAUGACACUGAACGUCAUCAAGACUUUACAUUCCUCCUGCCUAUCCUUGUGAGAAAGGGACUGCAUUCUUAUUGGUAGCAUAUACUCAACAACUUGAACACAUACGCAAAUUCCAUGAUGUACACCAAAGUGCAUUUCCCUUACCAACCACAAUUUACCUGUAACUGUGAUCUAGGUUGCCAAAAGUCAUCUGAACUUCCUUAUUCUUCUCUGACUUUCAUCUAUGCAGCUAAUGUCUGCUGGACCUGCCCUCAUAGUCCAUACAGCACUGGUUGAGAUCUUGUUUAUUGUUAGAAGGUAUCAUGCUGCUGCUUCAAGGUUCUUCAAGGUUACGUGCAAUGCCCUUGCCCAUCUGGUCAUGAAGUGGUAGUAUUCCCCAAGCAAGGAUGCGGUCAUUAUUCCUUUUCAGCGACUGACAGGAUAGUAAAGACUCUACACAGCAGCCCAUGUUAGGCAGUUCUGAUAACAUUGACACUCGAUAAUACAUAUCCUGACACCACAGAGCAACAGGAAGGAAUUAAAUUCAGUUAUUGAGACAGAGAUUUCACUUUGCCUCUAAAGGCACUGACAAGAUGUGUCCUUCUGAUGAGGCCUGCCUGAUGAAGUUUGAAAACAUGUGUAGGAUAUUUGAUUACACAGCAACCGAUAAAACUCAAAGUCAGAGCAUGCAGCCUUCAGAAAUUUCCAGGUGUCAGUGGGGAUCUGAUCCAGAUAAGAAAAUAAGAUUCCUUAGAGUCCUGCAAAAUUUCCUGUCAUCCUUAGCUGCUGGAUUGAUUGAAAUUUGAGGCUUUUCUAUUUCAAAAUCAAACCAGUGAAUGCAAUUUGUCUUUCAAGAGAAUCAGAGGUUUUAUAACUCAUACCAAGUUAAUAAGUAGGAGCCCAGCCUUAUUUGACACUCAGCUCUCCAGCAGUGUUAUCUUCUUAAAGAAAAAUUGAUUGCAAAAGAUGUGCUAUUUCACUUGCAUUAUUAAAUAUACAUUAACAUUCCACCAGGGCUUCCAAAGAGGUUAGGAUAUUCAUUAAUUCAUACUGUUCUAGUCUGUGAAUUGUUCUCGAAACCUUUUUUUUUUCCUUUUUGGACAUUAGAGUGCCUUUUGGUACACCGUAGCUCUAAUUUUACUAAGCAGAACUAUUUUUAUAGCCAAAGAGCUAAUGUUGGCUCCCAAAAGGCCUGUGUCCAUAAAACAUGGGGUAGGUGCAAUGCUUUCAUGUCUGUGGAUUACCUGGACAGAAUCUCAUUUGGGUUCUUCAAAGAAGCAAGGACCCAACCCCUGUUUUUGUUGAGCUCAUAGUCCAGUGGGAAAGGUUAAUUAGGGGCACAAGGUCAGUGAUCUUAGGAGAGGAUUUCACAGCUAGAAAACUUUUUACAAAUGAAGUGGGACUGGGAUUGUGUAAUCAACAAUGGAAAUGAGUAGGCUUUAUGAAUAAAUAACUUUUUUAUUAGAUAGCUAAUCAUGGUAACAGAACUUCAUUCUUUAGCAGUUGUAAAUAAGACAUUUGUUAUUUAUGAAGUUUAGAUUGGCAUUUCAAGUGUUGAGUGUAUGUGGAAUACCUAAGGAUUUCUUAUAUUUCAUUUUUAAACAUUUUUAAAAAUCAUAAAACAGUCAUCAAACUGGCUCUUGACUUUGUGCAAGAGUCUCCUUUAAAACCAUGAAAAAAAGAGCCUAAAAAGAUCCUUUCCCUUUAAAAAAUUACUUAAUUCUACCUCCCCUCAUUUUACAGAGUGGUUGACCUUAGAGAUCGUGAACCUGGAACUCAUGUAAUGUCUAGAGUUCAUUAUUGGCCUCUCCUCUCACUUUAUCAUAGAUGUCAGUACACAGAUUUCAGAAAGGAUCUUUCAAAGAAAUUUUGAAACCCUGUGAUAUUAUGUAUUUAGGUGUUUUGUCUGUCUCCCCCUACUAGAAUGUAAGCCCCCUGGGGCAGGGACUUUCCUGUGUUUUGUUCAAUGUACCCCAGAGCCUAGAACAGUGCCUGGUACAUACAAGGUGCUCAAUAAAUGCUUGUUGGGUGAAUAAAUGAGGUGGAGGAGAGUGCUAAUGAAAUGAAAAACUUACAUUAACUCAGACAAGAAAUCUUCCUGCUGGUUUCCGUGGCAAGUUUUUUUUUUCUUUCCUACUGCAUCUUCUCAAAGGCAAGACGCUCAUCUGCAAAGAUGAGAGGCUACAAGAUUUACUUGGAUGGAUUUUAUGGAAAAUUUGGUGCAAUAAUUGCCUGUUUUAUAAUAGCAGUUUACAUAGUUCAGCAUUCUGCAAAAAUUGCAUAGGAUGUGGACAUGAGAUGAACUGUGUGGCCUAAUUACCCUUCAUCCUCUGACACCAUUACUACCUAUUCUAUCUUUAACAAUUGCAAUGUCUGAUACAAACUUAAAAAUGCAAAUGAUCCAAAGCCUUGAAAAACUAUUAUGAAUCAGUUCAACGUUUCCAACUGACUGUAAUCUUUUGGAACACCUAUAAUGUUGUACCUGUCACUCUGAUAAUCUCUGGAAUAAUUUUUGUUUCCAAGAAGGAAAAUUCUAUGAUUAUAAGAAAUGAAGGGUAACAAAAAGUUAUUAAAGCUAUUCAGAUUGGCCGAGCUCAGUGGUUGGAGGGCAUAGCAGGUCUGGUACAGGCAUUGCUCUGUAUCAAGUGUCCACUUGGUGACUCACCUUGCAGUGGGAUGUGCUGAAUUCUCCGCUGUAAUGCAUCAUUGAAAGGACUACAGAGCUGGUCCUUAGGUAACUCAGUGGCUUAUUGUAAAACAAAACAUUGGUUUUAUUACCACCUUUAGAAGAAAAUUUGCCUAUAGAUUGCCAAAAAUUAGCAGUUAAUUUCUUAUGUACUAACUUGAGAAAUUGUAAUUCAUUAUCAAUGAACAGAUGAAACAGCAGGCCCAGAAAUCUUUGUAGAUGGAAGACUACAGGUUGAACAGGUUUUGUACAUCAUGAAGGACUGGGCUUCUUUCUGCAUCUCCUCACUCCUUGUUCCUUCAACCUCCGUCCACAAUCAGACCACCUCCUUAGUAUGUAAAUAGUUUUAGAGGACGAGAAAAGGUCUUUUGGAAAAAACAGAAUUAGGCCUCUACAGUAAAUCUUCAGGUUAGCUUUUAAGUGACUGACAAAAUGUCAUUUUUUAACGAGGUAAUCAUUCUUUUCAGCAUACCACCUCGAGGUGAGUGGCUGAAUAAGAUUGGCAUUUGAGCAUAUUCACGUGCCUAUCCCCUGUGUAGCAAGGAUGCAGAGGACCCUCUGAGACUUCUCUUCCCUCUUGGAUAAAGUGAGCAAAUGCUAAAGGAUGUUAAGUAUGCUUUGGAAUACAUUUUUACUUCCUUGGAAGAUCCUCUGAGACCAAUCCUUACUGGCAGUUUAGAGGUUUAAAAUAGGUCUUACCAGGCAUAGGCCUUGAGAAAUUCUGAAUCUGGCAAUUCACUGGAAAAGGCAUUUGUCAGCCUCUAUCCAAACAAUUGCAGGUGAAGAAUCAAUGGAUUUGCAUUAUUGAGGGGGAAGGGCUGGUACCACAAUAUGAUUCCUAAUGGCAUUUAGUUCACAUGUGAGAUAUUUCUGGCUUUGACUUGAGAGUGAAGGAUUCAUUAAAGGGACCAAAAUUUU